UGAAAGAUAAAACAGCAGCACGGUACCCGCUAAACCGCCCCCUUUCCCUUUCGUCUAUAUUCCAAACCAACUACUAGUGCUUUGGAAUCUACAAACUGGGAGGUUGGGGAAAGUCGGUUAAAGUUCCAAUAUUUUCUUCCUCCUUCGAUUCAGGAGUCAUACUGUGUGAUUUACUGUGUGUUCUAGGUACAGAGGGCGGUGGAGUCCGUCUCUGGCGGUAAGAAAGAAGAAGCAGCUUGCAGACUUCGUCUCAAGAUAGAUUGAAUGUGGGAAUUCUGGAGAAGACACAAAAGGAAGGUCUACGUUUCUCUUGGACUUUGUGGAAGCGGGUAUCUACUAUACAAGUUUUAUGAUGCUUACACAAAGAGGAUUUCUGAACUCGAGAGACAACUUGCUGAUGAGCAAGAGAACGAUGAGCUUCUUAAGGCCCAGAUGCAAGUGCACUUUGAGAACAUUCAAAGAAUUGCUAAUACAAUGACAUUGCCUAAUGCCAUGCUUUAUUUAAGUAGCCGGGUUGCAGAAGAGUUGGAUCUUUUGCAUCUUACAGAGAGGUUGAUAAAAGGAAAGGGUCAGCCCAACAGUUUGACACCUUCAGAAAAACUUGAGCUUUGGGAUAGGCUUAAAAUAUUAAGUUUUACCAGGAUGGUGCUGUCUAUCUGGGCAAUGACGGCGAUUAGCUUAUAUAUUAGAAUUCAAGUCAACAUCUUAGGGAGACAUCUAUAUAUAGACACUGCACGUGAUCUUGGAGGUUUUCAACCUGAGGAUGCCGAUUUGAUCGAGAGAACAGACGAGCAACAGUUUUUGGCAAGUGCUGAUUUUCUUUCAAGUCAUAGAAUUCCGGCACUGAUAUCCAAUAUGCAAGCUGCUGCGACUGAAGUUCUCAGAGGAAAGCAGCUGAGGGAUAUCUUCAAUUCUACUGUGCUUCAUGAAACCAUUAUGCAGAUAUUGAACAUGUUCAUGAGCACGGGAAGGCCUCAUCACUGGGUGGAUUAUUUGAUGCCCGAGGAUGUGAGAUUCUACAAAUCAGUUGAAUCCUCUGGCAGUGAUAGCCCUAAUGUUUCUGAUGUCACUAAAUUAGAUCUACUAAUGGUGGAGACACGUACAGUUUUAUCAAGUUCUGAAUUUGGUAAUAUUCUAGACAUGUCAGUGAGACAAGUGGUGGAUGGACUAACAGAAGACAUCAACUUACAGUUUGGAGAUGGCAAUUUAUCGGGUGGGAUACCGCUGGCCAAACUUCUUCCACGGGUUGCACAGAUUAGUCCACAGCUGCUCGAGGAACCAAGCCGCAACAAGUUUACUCACAUCAUUCAAAACAUACCUGAAGUUGAAGUUUUCUUCACUCUACUCUACACAAACAUGUCAUAAAUCUGGUGAGCACUUUCUUUUCUUGUACCAUUAUGAUUAUUUCUUCUCAGCUUAAAUGGAUGAUGAACAAGACCAUAGAAAUGCAUGCUUGUAUUCAACUGCUUGCUUCUUGUUGGUUAUCGUUUCUAAUUCUCUCCUCGGCGUGUAUAAUAAGUAAUUAAGCUUUUCAUGCACGCGUUACUUGUUAUAUCCUCGUUCAUGUAUCAUCGCGAUUGUUGUGUAUUUUUUUGCUUAAUUUAAUGUUACCCAUAUUGGAUAUAAUUUUAAGGUUUGUUGG